AUGGGCAAUCUGUGCAGCUCGGCGAGGGCGGCCGACACACCCGAGCGCGUCCAGGCCGACAGCCCCGUUGGGGACAUCAUCAUCUUCCCGGACGACGGCGCCCCCUUCCCAGAUCCCGAUCACCGGCCCCGCAGACCGGAUGGCUCCUUCAGAGUUCCGCAGCCUGCAUGCCGAAAUGAGUUCGUGGUCGAGAUCGGCACAGCCGAUCGACCCGGGGAGAUCCGCGUCGAUCUUCCGGAUGCGAAGUCUUUUAAGGACGGGGGCGAGCGCGGACGCCGGGAGGGGUUUGAGGGGAGGGAGGCGGCGGGGGGCAAGGGCGGGCCCACGAGUAACAAGAGGGGGCGCCCCUCCGUGACGGUGGACAUCCCCGCCGCGGACAUCCACUUCGCCAUGGGGGGCGGCUACGAGGACAGGACGCCAAUGCGGUGGACGAGGGGGGAGCUGAUCGGCGCGGGCGCGUACGGCAGGGUGUACCUGGGGCUCAACCAGGUGUCCGGCCGACUGAUGGCCGUCAAACAGGUCCAGACGCCCAACGACGAGUCCUGCAGGUCGCGCGUGGCGGAGCACGUCAAAGCCCUGGAAGAGGAGGUGCGCAUGCUAAAGCAGCUCAAGAGUCCCAACAUCGUGCAGUACUUGGGCACGGAGCGCACGGGCGACACGGUGAACAUCUUCCUAGAGUACGCCGCGGGGGGGUCGGUGGCCUCCCUGCUGUCCAAGUUCGGAGCCUUCCAGGAGACCCUGACGCGCCUCUUCACCAAGCAGAUUCUCCAGGGCCUGGAGUUCCUGCACCGGAACGGCAUCGCGCACCGGGACAUCAAGGGCGGCAACAUCCUGGUGGACCACAACGGCGCCGUGAAGCUGGCGGACUUCGGCGCGAGCAAGCGGAUCGAGGACCUAGUGACGCUGAACUCGGGCUUCAAGUCGCUGAAAGGGACACCGUACUGGAUGGCGCCCGAGGUGAUCAAGCAGACAGGCCACGGCCGUCAAGCCGACAUCUGGUCCGUCGGCUGUACCGUCAUCGAGAUGGCCACGGGCAAGCCGCCCUGGAGCGAGUUCACCAACAACGUGACGGUCAUGUUCCACAUCGCCUCGGCCAAGGGCCCGCCCACCAUCCCUGAGACCCUCUCCCUCGAGGCCCAGGACUUCCUUCGCAUGUGCUUCCACAGGAAUCCCAAGGAGCGGCCGAACGCCACGCGACUGCUCAAGCACCCCUUCGUGGCCCACGCCGGCGAGCGGGCCCCCGCCUACAGCGACCCUCCCAGCGACCGGCCGAUCGACCUGGAGCACCGGCUGCCGUGGUUCGACAUGCCCGCGUCUGGGGAGGAUCGGCCGCGCGAAGAGCUGCAACGACAGCCUUGUCCAUCGACGUGGGUGCAUGAACGAAGGCUCGUACCGUAG